AUGAACAAGACUGUGGAGGCUAAUGGGAGCGCGGCCAAGAAGAAGGCGGCACCCAAGUCGCGCAAGCGAAAGACCAGUGACGUGGGUGCUGCAGCUAAGGCAGGUGUUUCCCCGGCCAAGCGGUUGGCCACCGAUGUAGCGGCGGCAGUGGCAGCGAACGACUCAGGAGCCGAGGCACACGCACUGCAGACACAACUGAAGCCUUUUGUGCGCGGAGAGUUGGUCGAGAGCAUCAAGCACAUGCUGUUCGGCUUUGGAGACGAGGCUGAGCCCCUGGACGAAACUGCUGAGCUCAUGGAGGAUCUCGUGGUCGAAUAUGUGCAUGCCAUGACUAAAAAAGCUAUGGAACUGGCUACUAUUAAGGGCAAGUUGGACACCGAGUGCUUCAUCUUUCUGAUCCGCAAAGACCCAGAGCGCUACGACCGCAUUGCCGAGCUACUGCGCGCGAACGACGAGUUUCGCGCUGCGCUCAAUAGUGGCUUCGACCCGAGUGACGAGAAGAUGUAUUGAACUCGUCUUAAGUAUAUUGUGAAUUGGAAC